GCAGUGAGCUUGUGACUACGUUUAAAGAAGAGCGUAGACUUAAAUUCUCAUAAAUGUGGGAUUCACAGGCAACUCUCUCUUUGGAGCCUUCAUACUUCAUAACUUGAUAGGUUGACAUUUUUCCAUGAAUAUUGGUUUCAGUUGACCAAACAGACUCAAUCAAUGACGAACCAAGAUUUUCUUACAUGCCCAUGAUUUUUUCAGCCUCGUAUUUAAUGCUACUUCACCUAAGUCAAUCAUCAUGGAGUAUCUUAACUUAGAGGCAACACAAUCAAAAUUUAAGAGCUACAUAUAUCAUUACCCAAAAAUAAAAAAUAAAAAAAAACUACAAAGGGUAUAUUGGUAAAUAAAAAUCACGUAGGCAAAAAGGCAAAGACAUGCAUUUUCUACUCCGUAAUUCCUAUAUACUUAUAUAGCCGUUCAUAGCCGUUCAACAAAGUGCCAAUAUCAUAAGACCAUUUCAACCACUCCCCAAUAUUUUAUUAUUAAUUUGAAUUGUAGAUAAAGGUGGGAAGUGAGAGAAAAAUACAGUGAAAGAGUUAAGAGACGUUGGAAGAUCUCACCAUCAAACCACCAUUUUAAGUUUUUGACAGUUACUACAUCCCCAACUCAUUCAUCUUCAAAUCAAAUUUCACAAUUACAAAAGAGAGAGUAAAUAAAAGAAUCUUAAUAAAGAUCAAAUUUUUAGGCCCACUAUUUUCUUCCUUUACAAAAAAAUUUCAGUUUAAUAAAAAAGCUUCUCAUAUUAUUCAAUCUUCCCCCCAUUCAAAAACUCAAAUGUUUGUUCAAGGUUUAAACUUUAUUUUCUGGGUUUCAAAUUUUGCUUGAAAAUUUCCCUUAAUUUUGAUCUGGGAAUUCCAAAGAUCGAAGCUUUUUGAUGAUGGAAGCCUCGUUUAGGAAAGAUGUUGGGUUAGACUUAACUGAGUCAAUCGAGUCAAUCACUGAGUCAAGUGCUGAGCGUAGAAGAAGCAGGGAGAGUAGCUCUGAUAGUAGACCAAGCUCUGAAGCAGUUACUAAUUCAGGAAAGAAAUCCUCUGUUUCACCUCCUCUUUUAGGUUGGCCGAUUAAAAAAGCUGCAAUUCCCAAACCCACUGUUUCUGGGUCACAAAAGCCCGUUUUAGCUGAUGACUCUGAGCUUAAAAAGCAUAAUUUAAACCUCUCUGAGAUGGAGAUGAUGAAAGAGAGGUUUGCAAAGCUAUUACUUGGAGAAGAUAUGUCAGGAAGUGGAAAAGGGGUUUCCACUGCUUUAGCUGUUUCUAAUGCCAUUACUAAUUUAUGUGCUACAAUAUUCGGGCAAUUAUGGAGGCUAGAGCCGUUGCCUGUUGAGAAGAAAUCGAUGUGGCGAAGAGAGAUGGAAUGGCUGCUUUGUGUUGGUGAUCACAUUGUUGAGUUGAUACCAACUUGGCAGACUUUUCCUGAUGGAAAAAAAUUAGAGGUUAUGACUUGCAGACCUCGGACAGAUAUAUUUAUAAAUCUUCCUGCCCUUCGCAAGCUUGAUAAUAUGCUCAUUGUAAGAUUUCAAUUCUGCUUUACUUCAUGGUACAUCAUCAGUGGCUUCCUAUAUAGCUCAACUAUUUUAUGUUUUCGCGGUAAUCAGGAUAUACUCAACAAUUUCUGCAAGACUGAGUUUUGGUAUGUCGAUCAAGGAAUCGUAGCCUCAGAUUGUGAUGGCUCAUCCUCUUUUCGAAAGACAUUACACAGGCAAGAGGAGAAGUGGUGGUUACCAGUACCUCGGGUACCGGCUGGUGGCUUGCAGGAGAAUUCUAGGAAACAGCUUGAUCACAAGCGCGAAUGCACCCACCAAAUACUCAAAGCAGCCAUGUCUAUCAACAGCAUGGUUUUAGCCGAAAUGGAUGUUCCUGAGUCCUACUUAGAAACCCUUCCAAAGAAUGGAAGAGCUUGCCUAGGAGACAUGAUAUAUCGGUACAUCACAUCUGAUCACUUCUCUCCCGAGUGCUUGCUUGAUUGCCUUGACCUGUCAUCUGAGCAUGUUGCUCUUGAGAUAGCAAAUCGUGUUGAAGCCGCCAUAUAUGUCUGGCGGCGAAGACACCAUCCAAAACCUGUUACUAAUCCCAACCGUACCACCACAAAAUCGUCGUGGGGGAUGGUCAGAGAUUUAAUGGUUGAUGGAGGAGAUAAGAGAGAGCUCCUCGCCGAAAGAGCUGAAAGGUUGCUGCUAAGCUUGAAGCAACGGUUCCCUGGCCUCACUCAAACUUCUCUAGACACCAGUAAAAUUCAGUACAACAAGGACAUAGGAAAAUCCAUUCUAGAAAGCUACUCGAGAGUUCUAGAGAGCUUGGCCUUUAACAUUGUGGCGCGCAUUGAUGAUCUACUAUAUGUUGAUGACUUAACCAAACAUACUGCUAAGUUAUCCUCAGCACCUAAUGUGAGUGUCAUGGCUCACAAGAAGGUAUCUCUACCACAUUCAGUGCCUCCCUCGCGCACACCUUAUGGGUCAUCACUAACCACUCCAAGCUUCUCACCUGGCCCGUUAAUUAGUCCAGCUAGAGGAGUAGACAGAACUCCUUAUGUCAACCGUGAGAUUACUAGUAAGCCUUCCAAGCGCGGUAUUGGGGUUAAGAGAGCACUCACUAACUACCUAGGUGGUGAGUUGAAGGCUAAGAACAGUAUAAACCAAAUAGAAGGCCCUCCUGCUACAACAAAGUCAAGCAUUGGCUCAGGCUCACCUGCAUCAUCUCGCGAUGAUUCAGAGAACAUUGAUCCUCAGAGAGUAUCAAUAACCCAUCAGAAGCCUAGCAGAUUUCGAUGAAAUCUCCACCUCAACAGAGGUUGCUCAUUUACUGACACAUGAAGGAUUUUUUGUUUCUUUGGAUUGGUUUUAGGAUACUGUACUAAGCUUGUUUGUAGUUCCUUUGUUUAUUGAAUUAUUUGUCCAAAAUAUGUGUAUCUAUGUAGAUUUCAUAUUGAGAAUAUAAAGAUGCUUAGGCAUUGAUCAUUGCCAAAUUCUUGCCUGUAUUCACAUUUAAAUCUUGUAUUCAUAAAACGCAUGCU